AUGUCGUCUAGAAUUGAACGUAUGUUUUCAGGCCCGGCCUUGAAAUUGGCCAACGUGUUGGACAAGCUCCCAAAAAUUUACAAUGUUUACUUCAUUGCCAGUAUUUCCACCAUUGCUGGGUUGAUGUUUGGUUUUGAUAUUUCAUCAAUGUCAGCAUUUAUUGGUUCAGAUCCAUACAAAAACUAUUUUAAUACCCCAGGGUCUACAAUUCAAGGGUUCAUAACAGCGUCUAUGGCGUUGGGGUCUAUCUUCGGAUCCAUUGCUUCUGCCUUCGUUUCUGAACCCUUUGGAAGAAGAUUAUCACUCAUUAUUUGUUCGUUGUUGUGGAUGAUUGGUGCAGCUGUUCAAUCUUCAUCUCAAAACAGAGCCCAGUUAAUCAUUGGUCGUAUUAUUUCUGGUUGGGGUGUUGGUUUCGGCUCAUCAGUUGCUCCUAUCUACGGUGCAGAAAUUUCUCCACGUAAAAGAAGAGGUACUGUUAACGGAUUUUUCCAAUUUGCAGUCACACUUGGUAUUAUGAUUAUGUUUUAUAUAUGUUAUGGUACAGGUCAGAUCAAUGGUGUUGCUAGUUUCAGAAUUGGCUGGGCUAUACAAAUCAUCCCAGGUUUGCUUUUGUUUUUUGGAUGUCUUAUCAUUCCUGAAUCACCACGUUGGCUAGCCAAACAAGGUAGAUGGGAACAAGCUGAAGAGAUCGUUACUAAAAUUCAAUCACAUGGUAAACAUGAUGAUCCAGAAGUUUUGAUUGAAAUUGCUGAAAUCAAAGAGCAAUUAUUGAUUGACCAAGAAGCAAAAACAGUUGGUUAUGGCACUUUGUUCAAAAAGAAGUUUCUUCGCAGAACACUCACAGCAAUCUUUGCUCAAAUUUGGCAACAAUUGACUGGUAUGAAUGUCAUGAUGUACUAUAUCGUUUACAUUUUCCAAAUGGCUGGAUACUCAGGAAAUACCAACUUGAUUGCCUCCUCCAUUCAAUACGUGUUGAAUGUCGUUUGUACUAUUCCUGCAUUGAUUUGUUUUGAUUACUUUGGUAGGAGACCGGUAUUGAUGCUUGGUGCUCUUUUCAUGAUGAUUUUUCAAUUUGGUCUUACUGGUAUUUUAGGACAAUAUGCUGUUCCUUGGCCAGAUUCAGGAACCGAAUCUGUCACAAUUAGAAUUCCAGAUAGCAACAAGCCUGCGGCUAGAGGUGCUAUUGCAUGCUGUUAUUUGUUUGUUUGUUCAUUUGCUUCUACUUGGGGUGUUGGUAUUUGGGUCUAUUGUUCAGAAAUCUGGGGUGACAACAGAAUCUCACAAAGAGGUAACUCAUUGUCGACUUGUGCUAAUUGGUGUUUCAACUUCCCAAUUGCUAUGUAUACCCCAUCUGGUUUCAAAAACAUCAAUUACAAAACGUACAUCAUCUACGGUGUCUUUUGUCUUGCCAUGGGUCUUCACGUUUUCUUUGGAUUCCCAGAAACCAAAGGUAAGAGAUUGGAAGAAGUUGGACAAAUGUGGGAAGAAAACAUUCCCGCAUGGAGAUCAGCUUCAUGGACACCAACCAUUCCAAUUGAUCCAGACUCAGAGUUGGCAAGAAAGUUGAGUGUUGAACACAAAGAGACUGGCUCUCAAUCCGAUGAAAAGGUUCAUGAUGUUGAGACUCACUCAGCUUGA